AAGCUACCCAGUUCAGUAAGAUCAACAUUCCUUAUGGCAUUUAGUUCUGAUGGGUCUAAAGUUGCAUCGACACAUGGCGAUCAUAAAAUAUAUGUUUGUGAUGUAAGAAAAGGUACUUUGUUGCAUACAUUAGUUGGACAUCCAAGAACUCCUUGGUGUGUUGCUUUUCAUCCUUCAUCUAAUGACAUUUUAGCAUCUGGUUGUUUAGGAGGAGAAGUAAGAGUUUGGGAUCUGCAUGGAGGAAGUGAAGUUUGGGUUACAGAACACAGUGCAGUUAUUACUUCUCUUGCUUUUCACCCAUUAGACAAAGUUUUAGUAAUUGCUACCUUUAAUGAAAUUCAUUUUUGGGACUGGAGUCAUUCCAAACCAUUUGCAAUAUGUAAAACUGCUUCUGAUAAAGAAAAAGUAAGAUUUGUAAAAUUUGAUCCUUUGGGGAAUAAACUCAUCACCGGAAUAUCCAAUUUACCGACUGAUCCUUUUCGUAAUCGUGCAUUUGAUUCUGUGGGUGGUCAGGAAGUUUCUUGUUUACCUGCUACACGUGGUAUUCUUUCACAACGUCGUAAUAUUUUGUCUCGUCUGAUGUCUAUGUAUCGUCAUCUAGAAGGUUUGGAGGAGAUAUCUCAUUUACAAGAAAAUAGAACAUUUGCAUUUUCACCAAUUCACGAAGAUGCAUUAAAUCAAGCCAGGGAUUAUGUUCAAGAAAUUACUGCUCAGAACCAACAAGCAGCAAACGCUACACACAAUUCGGAACAGGUGCUUUCUAUACCUCAAAAUGAUUCUCAACCAAGUACGUCGGGAUAUCAAACAGUUAAUACUAAUACUAUUUCCGAUUCUGAAAAUCAGACUCAAAAUAGAGAAUAUUCACUCGAGGAAGAAAAUCAUUCCAGCGAUUUUUGGACCGCUUUCCAUCGGUUAAGAACUGUAUGUUAUCAUCUAGAAAGGCACGUGCAACAACAACAGAGAGUCCAAAAUUGGGUUGAGUCUGGAGUUAUCUCUAACAGUGAUAUAGUGGCAGCUGGAUCAGUGGAAGCGGGAAGAGAAGAAGUUGCUUCAAGAUUAGCAAGGUUUUCUACUGAAGAAGGAAGGAUUAAUUAUUGGGAAGAAACCCAAGAUGUGUCGAUCUCUUUAGUCAGUCUUUUGACUAGAUUGCAGUAUUCUUUACAGAAUUUAAAUAAUGCAGCUUUUACAAAUGCUUUUGCACAAGAACAAAUUCAGCAGGUUCAUGUUAGAAUAUCAGAAAUUUUAGAAAGGUUAACAAAUGUGAGUGGAUAUAGAGCACGAUUAACAAAUCUAAGAGACCAAAUUUAUGAAGCUGCUGAAAGAAUGGUACAAGGUGGUGAAGAUAGUUCUAUUGCUCAUAGAUGGGAUUUAGCACAUUGUUUAUGGCUAGUUGAAAUGAGUUUACAGUUAACUCGUCAAAUGCAGAGGAUACUUGCCGCAGAUUACAGGCUUACCCAUUUGCAUGUUUCGGCAACUGCAAAUCCUCCUCCCAUACAGCCUCAAUCGGGUUUUUCUGCUUAUCCUCAGAAUGCAGAAUCGGUAAUUUCUAAUGAUUCCAAUAGAAAUAACUCAGAUGUAUUAAAUAAUAGAGUAUUUAUGUCAACUCAGUCGUCGUUUGAUAAUUCUUGUGAAAGUGAAAGUCAAACCUAUGAAUUUAAUAGAGUCCUAAAUUUAACUAACAAGAAAAAUUGUCAGUCAAACCAAAGUUCUGAAAAUUCGUCAGUGAUGACAGAAACUACUACUUCACCUCAAGAAAAUAAGAAAUGUAUAUCUAGUGAAAAUAUUAUAUCAAAUAAUAUGAAAACUAGUAGUUUUGAACCAAUUAAUAAUCAGUCUAAAUCUGUAAUUAACAAACUACAAAAUAAUUCUGAAAAUCUUAAUAAGGAAGGUUCCAAUAAUAUAGACUUUAAUUCAGAUAUAUCACUUCCUUCAACCUCAGGUGUAAGUUUAUUUUUAAAUAAUACUUCGAAAAUGCAGGAAUCUCAAAGAAACAGUUUCGUAGAGAAUUCGUCUACUACUCCAUCGGUGCUGCCCGAAGAUUCGUCGGAUUCUUCUUCGGAUGAAAUUAGUGAUAGACAUCAAAAUAAUUUUAACAGACAAUCAUCCACACAUCAUAAAAAAAUUAAUUCACCAAAUUUAAGACAGGGAAGAAGAAAUCUAAUCAUUCCAGAAGUUCAGAUUGAACCGUCGUCUCCUGAAGAAUCCCUAACACCUCCUCCUUCCAGAGAAAGACCAAGAUCACCUCCACUGCCAACUAUUCUCUCGGGUAACGGUCCCCCGCUUCCAACUUGGGGUCGAAUUUCUCCUUAUUUGUCGCUUUUCUACGAUACCGGUUUUAGAUCAAGAAUGGGAUCAUUUAUUGGAAUACACGAAACUGCCCAUCAUAUCACUCAUCGAAUUCAAUCGUGGGAUUUCUCGAAAUGUCAGAUGCCUUGCAUUCGCAAUGCUAAUUGGAAUGUGGUCGUACCAAAGUGUAAAAUACAUAACGAUGCAAGCGUAGACAUUUCACGCGAUGGACAGCUUCUGGCCGCUCUCAUUCCUACAACUAACGGACUGAGGCAUGCCGUUACAUUAUCUAUAUAUUCACUUCAGUCUCAUAGUUUGGGUCAGUGUUUAUACACGUGGAAAUUUGGACCGACCGUUAUCUCGGUCAGUUUAUCUCCUCUCGGUAGAUACAUCAUAGUUGGAUUAGGUUCCUCUCGUCUCUAUUUAUCAUCUGCGGAACGAGAAACGGUUGCUCAGAUAUUUAAAUUAGAAUCAAAUAAUAAAUGCAAUACAUUAUUGCAUGUACGCAAUCUCAGUCAGCAAGGUCUUGGCCAGCAACUACAAGUGAGUUUGAAUUCUGUCCGAUGGCUACCUCAGCCUGGUCAAGGUCUUAUUUAUGGAACAAACAGAGGCUGUCUCUGUAUCUGUCGACCAGCAACUCCUUUAGACAAAGAACAGAUCUUGUUGGAAAACCCUCCAGUGGGUCAGACUACAAGUUCUCCCGGAGAAUCCGUUCAGCAGACAUCUCAGGUCCCGAGCAUGCUUUCGACUGCCACACAAACCAUCCAUCCGCAGACCCACACGACGGGAACGCAGACUGCCAUCAACAGUAAUCCUCUGGUCGACGUAAACGAAGUGUGAAAAUUGGGUUGACCAUGUGGUGUAACUAUUCGAUUAUUAUAGGAGCUGUGGUUAAUUAUUAUAAUGUGUAAUAUUUCAUAUAAUGUAAAUAAACGAAAAUGAUUGUUUCGAGA